AUGAAUGACAUAUUUAGGAAAUCAUUUUAAGCUUCUACCAUUGAUACUAGAUAAAGAUUGGGAUCCAGGUAAUUUAAAUAACAUUAAGAUGCAUCUAUUCCUAUAUCAAUAGUUGAAUAAAAUGGAAUUGAAAGAUGGAUUAAUGAUAUAUUGAAGGAAGCUUGCUUAAAUGAAAAAUAAAUCAGUUUAAGCAAAUUAGGACUUGAUAGAAAUUCUUUAAAGGUUGUAAAUGACUCUCUAAUUUUGAUUGUAGAGUGCCGGAGUUAAGGAUGAAGACGUUGGUAGACUCUAUAGAAGUAUGUUUGUCUAUACAGUGGGAUUUUAUGAAAUGCUUCAUGAAAUUCUUAAAAAUUUAUAAUUAACUGCUUCGAUUUGGAAAGUUUUUGGGAUUCUUUUAGAAUAUGUUGCAAAAGGGGAUUUUUAUUUUACAAUAAAUUAAAUUUAGUAAGAAAGUUAAUAAAAAAUUGAAGAGCUCAAUCAAACAUUAGUUUAAAGAGAAACUUAAUUUAAGGUUAUAGAAAAUUAGGCCAAAGAGGAAAUAAAUAAAUUAUAGAAUAUGUUAUAAGAUACAACUGAUUAAAAUUAUGUGUUAAAAUUACAAAGAGACAAUGCAGAAAUAGAUUUUCAUUAAUCUAAUACUGCAUUUGAAGAAGAAGUUGCAUUAAGAAUUAAGUUUGAAUAUCGGAUCAAUUAAAUUACAUCUGUAUAUAGAGAAUUAGGUUAAGAGUACACUAAAAUUGUGGAGGAAUUUAAAGAGAUAAGAGUAUUAUAUGAUAAAAUUAGCAAUGAUUUAAUGAAAUCUUAAAAAUAAUUGGAAAUUUUAAUAGAAGAAAAAGAAAUUAGAGUAAAUGAAAUCUCUCAUCUCAAAUAGACAAUAGAAAAUUUGAAAAGAUAAUUAGAUGAAAAAUAAUAUAAACUUCAAAUUAAUGAAAUCAAAAUUAGUAAAUUAACUAAAAAUUCUGCUAAUGAUUAAAGCAAUUCUAUGAAUUAUGAAUAUUAAUUUAAUUAGUUAUCUAUGCAAUUUUCAAAAUUUAAAGAGGACAAUAUUCACAAGUAAUUUAAUUUUAAAAUAAUUUCUAGAUUGCAAGAAUUAGAAAAAUAUCAAAGGAACUAUUAAGAUCUUUUAGAUGUGAAUUUGAAAUUAACAAAUGAGAAUUAAAUAUUAAAAUAAUAAAAGUUUGAUUUACAAACAGAAAAUUAAAAAUUAAAAAUUUCUAUUGAUUCGUUUGAACAAUUAGAGAAAGGUUAUAAAUCGAGUAUUUUAUAAUUGUAAAAGGAAAAUAGAGAAUUAAUAGAAGAACAUGAUAAAGAAAUUAAAAAGUUUUAAAAAAUGUAAGUAGAAUAUUCAUUUGGAGUUUAAAGAAUAGAAAUUUAAUAGAAUGAAAUAUUAGCUUUAAAUUAAAAUAUAUAAUAAAUGAAAAUUGCAAAAAUUCAUUUAGAUGAAUUAUUUAUUAAAGAAAAGGCCCAAGUGGAACUACUAUAAAAUAGUUUAGAAGGAAAAGAAGAAACAAUAAUAGAUUUAGAAAAAUGUUUAAGUUUCAGUCAAUAAAGAUUGCAUACUCUUACAAUGGAAUUGAAUGAAUAGGAGAAUAAAAUAAAAUUAAAUUUAUAGGAAUUUGCAGCAGCUGAAUUAUUGAAUAAUAAAAAAAUUGAAUAAUUGUAAGAAACUAUAGACAAUCAAAGAUAAGAAUUAAUUAACGAGAGAGAUAAACUCGAAGCACUUUAAAAUGAAUUUGAUUCUUAAAGAAAAGAAUUAGUUGAUAUUUUAUCUUUAUAUAAAGUCAAGGUUUUUGAAAACAAUAAUUUAGUUACUAAAUAAUUAUUUUCAGAUCGAGUCAUAAAUGAUGAUAAUCAAAGAAUAGGUGAAUUUAUUAAUGAAAUUGCUGAUAUAAGAGUAAAGUAUGAAGAAUGUUAAAGAAAGUAUAGAUUACUUGAAAUAAAAUUUAAUGAAUAAGAAAAAUUAGGGAAUAAAGAUAAAUCGUUUUUAGUUGAAAGAAAUGCCAUUAAAAUUAACAAUUAUAAAAUGAUGUUAAAAGAAAUGGUUUCUAAGAUGAAACUUGAAGAUGCUUUAAGUUAAUGGGAUAGAACAAAUUAAAAACUGAUUAAUUUAGAUAAAUCUUAUAAAAAUCUUUUUGAAUAAACAAAAACACUCAAAAAUGAAAAUGCUUAAUAAAUCAAAAACAUUGAGCAACUAAAUAUCAAAUUAAAGGAACAGCUUAACUUAAAUUAAAAACUAAAAACUGAUUAUAACAAAAGAUCAAAUGAUUACAAAAUAAUUAAGUUCAAAUCUCUUAUUUACUGUGCGAGUCUAAAAGAUGUGAAUUAAUAAUUGAAAUAAUAAACUGAUAACUUAUUUUAAUUAUAAAGUAAUAAUGAAGAAUUAAAGAAUGAAUUAUUAAGAGUAAGAGAAGAAAAUGCUAAAUAAAAAUAAUAAAUAAUAAGAUAUAGACUAUCUGCUUAGGGUUAAUAAUAAUAAAACUAAAUAGAAGAUUAAGAUUAAUACAAUAAUUUCUAAAAUUAAAAUAAUUAUUCUACUCUUAACAAGUCUGAAGAUUUUAAAACAUAAAAUUCAUUCGACGAAUAAUCUAUUUCAAUUAAUAAUUCUAUUUUUUUAAGACAUUAAACAAAUUUGCUUAAGAAAUCUAAAUUUUAAGUUGAAGUUGAAAAAAUAGAGUAGGAUAUUUAAUUAAAAUAAUCUGAAGUUUAUUAAUUCAAGUUAGAAUAAUUAUCAUAAACUAUUGAUACUAAAUAAUAUUAAUCAAUAGAAAAUUAAUCUUAAUCUUAAGUAAAGAAAUUAAAUAGUAUUUAAAAUAAAGAUGAUAUUCUUAAUGCUAAUCUAAAUUAGUUUUCUUUUGAAAAAGAUAAAAAUUAAUAAACUCCUUUAAUAUAAUCUCGUAGCAUUAGUGUAAGUCAAGGAAGCAAGAGUUAAAGAAGUAAUAAAUCUUAAGGUUAAAUGGAUUUUGUGGUGAGAGUCAAAAAAAAUACUUUAACAUAAAAUGCUAAGAUGACAUCAAAAUAAUUUGGAAGAUUAUUUUAAAUCACAAGAGGGCAUUAUCAAUCUUGA